AUGGGCAAGAAGAAGAGACACCAGCAGCAGCAGCAGAAGAAGAAGAAGAAGCAGCAGCAGGAGCAACAGCAGCAGAAGCAUAUGAUGAUCACAAUAAUGACGAUGAUGAUCGUGCGGAUUCAACGCGCACCGCACACGCCUGGCAACAACAACAAGAACAAAUAAAAUAAAAGUAAAAAAAAUCAACAACAACAAAAACAACUACAAAUAAACAGCAAUUGAAGACGCGACCAAAGCGGCGGAGGAAGCACCAGAAGAAUCAGAAACAGUAGAGGAAGAACCCGCCAAAGAAGAGGAAGAGAUGUUGAAGAGGAAGAACACGAUGAAGAAGAAGCAGAGCCUGAAGAGUGCUCUUGCAGUACCAAAACCCAACGCCCAAAAACCCCACACACUCACGGAUACAAAGAUACAGAGCCUCAAAGAUAAACAGGAACCACAGCCUGUUGUUGU